CACCGUAUACAAACAUAAGAUUAUCGAAGAGAGAGGCAAGACAAAUUUUGAAUUUACUGUCUUUAUUGUAAACACAUUGAAAAGGAGAAUCAUUCUUCGAUACGAUUUGAACGUCGAAACAUCUUGGUUAAUACAGGAAAAUCGAAUACACUUUAAUUUAAAAUUAAUAUAUAUAUAUAUGAGGUUAAAAAUGAUGACGAACGUGAUAGAUUUUCAUACUUCGUUUUUUUAUAUGCUUAACAAUGAACCGAACGGAGAUAAGUUACACGAAUAUAUGAGCGAUUUUUUUGUGGAUCCUCCAAUAGUAUCUAAAAGGCAAAAAUGUGGGAAAAAUCAAUUAAUGGAUCUUAUGGUGCAGGGAGAAAUCAAAAUGGUGGAAGGAAGGUACAGCGAAACAGUCGAUAUCUGUACACGAGGUUUGCAACAGAGUCUUCCAUUCAGUGCACAAUCCGCCAUUUUGUACUUCAUCCGAGCUGAAGCUUUGGAAAAUCUUCAGAUGUACGAGGAAAGUUUGUUAGAUAUCGACAGAGCGAUAGAAAUUUCUGUCAGCAAAACGUUGACGGAUAUAUUGCAGAAAAAGAGGAUUGAUAUAUUAAAGGAAGCCGCUUGUUUCAAGCCGCAAAAAAUGCGGGAUAGAUGCCAAUUCGAGAAUAUACCGCAGCUCUCAAACAAUCAUCAUAAAUAUCAGUUAGGUUUGAGCGAUGCGAUCGACUUGAUUCACAAUGGGCGAUACUUUGUCGCGGUAAAACCGAUCAAGAUGAAAGACGUUAUCCUAAUCGACAAGUCGCAAAUUACCCAUCUUCACAAAGAUGAUUGGGACGAUGAUCCUACGAGUCACAUGUGCCAUUAUUGCUUCAAAUACUGCAGAGCGUUGAUCCCAUGCGAUUACUGUUACCAUGCCCUGUACUGUUCGAAAGAAUGUCGCGGUAAGGCGUAUCAGGCCUAUCAUCAGAUCUAUUGCCGGUAUGGAAAUUUGGAUAACAAAUCUUCGUUCGUGCUUAAAUUGCUCCUGAAAAUUACGGAUAACGGCGCGAGAUUGAAAGAAGCUCUCGAGUAUCACAAAGAACUGGAAAAUAUGAGUGAAGAAAUGGAGAAAAAGGUUUAUAAUCUGAAAGAAAUGAAGGAAAACAAUUUAAGAUCUAUUCUUAAUUUGAGCAUUCCAAUGAAGAAAGAUGACAACAGGACCGAAGAUAAUUUAUUUUAUUCGGCCAAAAUAGCUAUGCUGCUUCGAAAUCAUAGUAAUUAUAUGCAAGGAAGCAACGAUAUUUUAAAUCUAACUAAAUUACUCUGUCGUUUAUGUUAUAUUUACGACAUACAUGCACGUAUGGAUUUUGUACCAAUUUUCGAAAGAUAUAUCGCCCUAUUACAAAAUUUGUACUUCUUGCUUAACUUGGUCCGCCAUUCCUGUUCCGGGAAUACAAUAUAUACCGUGCAUAAAAACAAUGUGCUCGUUCUGCGAGCGGCUAAAGAUAUAUAUCCAGGCGAGCUGAUUACCUUUAACUUCAUGUCCAAAUACGUCGCAUUAGAGUCGAAUUCUAUGCCUCGAAACGUCAUGCUGAAAAAUUUCUUCGAUAUUUCAUGCGAUUGUGAAGCUUGCGCGAAAAGUUAUAAAUUUAAACCCGAACUCGGUACAAAUGUAGAUAUACCAAAUCAAUUACAACAACGUUUACGAAAAUGUCGAAUUGACAUUGAUGCUAUGUGGGAAUUGCUUAAAAUAAUUAAUAACAGCACGAGGAAGCCAUGUUUGGAGGUAGAAAUUCUGAAAUAUUCCAUUUCAGAUGCGUAUUACGGAGAAGAAUAUUUUGUAAGUAUAUAUUAUAUACAAUAUACAAAGUUAAAUGGAGACAAUACAUUGCAUCAAAUUAACUGUUCAGCUUAAUUUUAUUUUUAA